AUGCCUCGAUACCAUAAGGUAGAAAUUAAUAAGACAGAAUGGAUUGUACCAGAGCGGUAUCAGAUGCUUACACCUGUGGGUUCGGGCGCCUACGGUCAAGUGUGCUCUGCUAUAGAUACCCUUCAUAAUAUGAAGGUGGCUAUCAAGAAGUUGGCAAGGCCCUUUCAGUCUGCAGUUCAUGCCAAGAGAUCUUACCGUGAACUUCGUUUGUUGAAACACAUGAAUCAUGAAAAUGUCAUAGGUUUACUGGACGUUUUCAGUCCUGAGAAGAAUCUCGAAGAAUUUCAACAAGUGUAUCUGGUCACACAUCUGAUGGGUGCUGAUUUGAAUAACAUAGUGCGUACACAAAAGCUCUCAGAUGAUCAUGUUCAGUUCCUGGUGUAUCAGAUCUUACGUGGCUUAAAAUAUAUUCACUCUGCAGGCAUAAUACAUAGGGAUCUCAAGCCUUCAAAUAUAGCUGUUAAUGAAGACUGUGAAUUAAAAAUCUUAGAUUUCGGCUUAGCAAGACCUACGGAGACAGAAAUGACUGGCUAUGUAGCUACAAGAUGGUACAGAGCUCCUGAAAUAAUGCUCAAUUGGAUGCAUUAUAACCAGACAGUUGACAUAUGGUCUGUUGGUUGCAUCAUGGCCGAACUGCUUACUAGCAGAACUUUAUUCCCAGGUUCAGAUCAUAUUCAUCAAUUGAACUUAAUCAUGGAGAUACUUGGAACACCGAGUCAGGAAUUUAUGCAGAAAAUAUCCUCUGAGUCAGUAAAUAUUGAUCAUCUCACAAGGAUAUUAUUUUUAUGCGGCAAACCUGAUCAAGAAACUAUUGACAAAAUAACAAGCGAAGAGGCACGCAACUAUAUUCAGUCCCUGCCUACCCUAAAGCGCCGUGACUUCCGCGAGGUGUUCCGUGGUGCUAACCCACUCGCUAUCAACCUUCUCGAGCUCAUGCUGGAACUCGACGCUGAUAAGCGUAUAACAGCCGAACAAGCCCUGGCGCACGAGUAUCUGUCGCAGUACGCGGACCCCACGGACGAGCCGAUCUCCGCACCCUACGACCAAAGCUUCGAAGAUAUGGACCUGCCCGUCGACAAGUGGAAAGAACUUGUUUGGAAAGAAGUAGUGGAGUUCAAGCCUCACCCACAACACAUGAGUACAGUUGUCGAAGUCAACGCGUCGUAA